AUGGCCUCCCAAUAUCCAGAUGUCCAGAUAAUUCAGCCUUCAAACAGCAGAGGCUACCAGCCUGGAGACCUCUACUAA